CAUUUUUCCAGGUGUAAGGGGCCAAAAUGCAGUACUUCUUUUGUCUCCUACUGUUGAUGGCGGUUUACUCCAAGUCUCACAGCACCCCGUGCGAGAAAGGCUGCGACUGUCACGAGGAACUGAAACUCACCACUUGCACUAARGCCCUCUUUACCCAACUGCCCAACCACAUCCCUCCUUACACGGAACACCUGGACCUAUCUAUGAACCUCCUAACCUUUAUUCCGAAGAGUUCCUUCCGAAUGGAACGCAAACUGAGGGUUCUGCUUAUGAAGGACAACAACAUCAGCGCUGUGGCCGACGGGGCCUUCACCCAGCUAGAGUUCCUUCAGAAGUUGGACCUGAGCUGUAACAGGAUCUCGUCCCUGAGCGAGAGCUUCUCCCUGGGCCUGAAUGCUCUGAGAGAGCUGCAGCUGAGCCACAACCACCUGCACACCCUUGACAGCAGGAGCUUCAUGCACCUGGAUGGCCUACAGAGGCUCAACCUUACUGGCAACGCCAUCCAUAAUAUCCAGGUGAGGUCCUUUGGCUCAUUGUCCACCUUGCGGCAGCUCCACCUGGAGGGCAACCAUCUCGUCUCCCUAAACAACGGGGUGUUCUCCAUGCUGAAGUCCCUGGAGGUCCUCAACCUGCAGGGGAACCAGAUCAACAAGACCCAAGAGGGUGUCUUCACACCCAUGACCUCCCUGGCCCUGCUCAACCUGGCCCACAACCAGAUGAGCACCAUCUACUUCAAGACCUUCCUAAGCAUCCAUACCUACAGUACCCAUAUCCUGUUGGAAGGAAACCCCUGGAACUGCAAUUGUGACCUGCAGAAAGUGUUCCAUAAGCUUAGAAGUGUUCAAAGGCUCUUCUUGGAUGAUUACUAUAAUCUUAGCUGUAAUGCUCCGACAGAACUAGCGAACUACAGGUUGAUAGAUGUGGAUACGGAGCUGUGUAUCGCCGAGGUGGUUAUUGUGCUGAUUAUCACGAUCACCGUGGUGAUAACAGUGUUGGGGGCCAUCGUCAUGGCGGAGAGGAAGAGAAAGAAGAAGAAGAGGGGAAAGCAUUGGACGGAGCAGGGCAACUUGUCUGACUCAGAUCACUAGGGAUUGACUUCUUCACGGCAACACAAUCCUUUUAAUACAUUUGUACAGUAACAUGACGAAAAUAUCUAUCAGAGACAGUAAUAAGCGUUGUCAUAUUUUAAAGGGCAUUUGGUAGGCUAUUGUACAAUUUCACCAAUUAUUUAUUGUGCACAAGUGUAUUAAUCAAUUACUCAAUAUGUACACUUUCUGCAUUUGUAAUAAUACCAGAAUUUGUAGUGUUCUAUUAGAUACUUUGAUAUACAAUAUGAACAAUACUACAGGUGUGAAAAAUACCAAAUUAAACGAAAUUGAAAUGUG